AAUAAUUAAACAAAAUUUAAAAGUGCGGAAAGAAGCUAUUGCUAUUGUAAAGAAAAGAAAUAAAAUUUGUUUAGUGAAAUUUAAAAAGUGUUAACGUAUCAAAUUUAAGCUCUACACCAAAUUGCUUAUAAAAAGUGUAAAUUAGCAGAAAAGUUGUUCGCAUAAAAAAAAUUUACCGCAAAAAUGCCAAAUUUACCAGAACUCAGCAUUGAACAAAAUCUCGCCCUCCAGCAGUUUCGCAAAACCGUGUCCGACGUAAUAAAUGACAGUCAUGAUGACUAUUUUCUCUUGCGUUGGCUGCGAGCGAGAAAAUGGAAUAUCGAAGCUGCAGAAAAAAUGCUAAGAGCCAGUUUUUUAAUGCGCGCCACAUUGAACGUCGACAAUUUGGAUAAAUGGGAUGCACCGAAGGCAUUAAAAGAAUAUUUACCAUACGGAUUAGUUGGAUAUGAUAAUGAGGGAUCGCCAAUUCUCGUAUGUCCAUUCAAGCAGUUCGAUAUUUGGGGUAUGUUGCACUGUGUUACAAGGCUUGAGUUUCAAAGAUAUUUGGUACUCUUGUUGGAACGAUUUGUGCAAGCCGGCUAUGAGCAAAGUAAAAAACAUGGUCCACAAGCACGACAAUUGGUGGUGUACUUUGAUGUUGCUGAUUUCAAUUUAAAGCAAUACGUAUGGCGUCCAGCCGCAGAAUGCAUUAUUUCUACAGUGCGUCAAUAUGAGGCUAAUUAUCCAGAAUUGCUUAAAAUGUGUUAUAUUGUGAAUGCACCUAAACUAUUUUCGGUUGCCUUUAAUUUUGUUAAGAAGUUCCUAGAUGAAUAUACAAUGAGCAAAAUAAAAAUCUACAAAACUGGUACUGAUAAAUGGAAACAAGAUCUAUUCACUCAUGUCGAUCCAAAUAUUUUCCCAAAAUGUUUUGGUGGCAAUUAUGUGGAUGAAAAUGGCGACCCAAAUUGUCCAUCUAAGAUUAUUUGGGCUGGUAAAAUACCGCAAGAAAUGUUUGUAGAGCAAAAUACUGAAGAUGAUAAAGACUUUACGGAGGCUAUAGUCACAAAGGGCAAUAAAUUAAAAUUAGAAUUUGAUGUAGCUGAGAAAAACAAUAAGGAUCAAAUACUUUCCUGGGAUUUCCGUACAUUUGACUAUGAUAUUAAGUUUGGUGUUUAUAGCAUUGACAAAUCUACUGGUGAAAAGCAUAACGAAGUAGCAUUGGGAACUGUUUUUUCCAAUGAAAUGGAUGAAAUUGGUUUUAUUUCCACAAGGCCAAAUACCAAAUAUACUGUAGUUUUUGACAAUUCUGGUAGUUAUUUACGCAACAAAAAAGUUCGUUAUUGGGUUUCUCUUGUGGAUGAAGUUGAUGAUAUUACGGAACUUUCCGCACAGGUAGAGAAAACUGCUCUAGUGACGAAAGAAGACCUUGCGUAAAAUGUCAAUAGACAUAGACAUUUGUUAGAUUUUUUGUUACUGUUGGAACGCAUUAUGAUGUACUUAGAAAUGGUUUUGGAAUCAAUAAUUAAAAAAUUUUAUGGUUUGCAUUCCUUAGCUAGCUACACAAUUUUAAUAUAAGAUGUAUAUUGUAUAAUUGAAGUCAUAGUAUAAAUUUUUUUGGCACUGAGUAUUGUUGAAACAAUUGGUUUUGAAUGAUCUUUUCGUAAAUGUAAUGUAUGUAAUGUAUAAAAGUAAUAUAAUGUAAUGUAUUAAAAAAUGUUUAUAUCUGGGGUCUUACUUUGGAGUUCUUUAAAUGUGUAUGUGAAGAACUAGUUUUUGUGAUAACUGUUAUUAUU